AUGCGGGUUGCGCGCUACCGUCUCAUUCUCUGCCUGCAGUUUCUUCUUCUAGCGAUCGAUCUUGUGGUGAAUUCUUUCUCGGGAUUGUUUGCGACGGAAGACGUCGUGCUGUUGGUUUUGUAUAUUGUGCAGGACGCAAGCCUCGUGUUUGAGAUCAUCAUUCUCUUUCUCCUCUUCUUCAACACUUACGUCUUUCGUGCGGGUCUAGUCACGUUGCUCAUACGAAAAUUCAAGUCGGCAAUAGUUUUGUGCUUUGUCUACUUAACCUUGUGCUUGGUAUAUCACAUUUGGACUCUCAAGCUGCAAUGGGGGUCACUUCAGUUGUUUAUUAUUACAUGUAUAUGCGGACGGUAUGGAAGCUUGGUGAUCCGAUGUAUUACAGGAACUCCGAGUGGCUACAAGCAGAAUUUGCAAGAAAACGAUGAGCUAGAAUUUAUGUUUAGAGAUAAUUUAUCAGUUGUGGAUAUACUGAGAUUGUCGGUAGUGUCUGCUCAUUCAACUUGUUAACAGUGAUGUCGUUUCAAUACACGUGAAGUGCAUCAUUA